AAAUUAUUUUACUAAUUAAAAAAGAAAAAGAAAAAUGAAAGGAGUUGUGAAUAGUUGCAAGACGAGAUCCACCUGAAUUGGGCAGGCAAAUGCACUCAGAUCCCUUUCCGUAUAAUCCAAUGGCCUUCUCUUUGAUCCAUUUUUUCUGAUUAAAUCCGAUUCCAAAUCCAAAAACAGUCACAAUUUGAAGAUGUAUAUGGCAUAUGGGUGGCCGCAGGUUAUCCCACUCGAACAGGGUCUCGCUCCUUCAUCACAGCGGAUCAUAUACCUCAAGCUCAUCAAUCGAUUGCUGCUCGUUGUGUCUCCUUCCCACAUCGAGCUAUGGAGCUCUUCUCAGCAUAAAGUUAGAUUGGGGAAGUACAAGAGGGAUUCAAAUUCACUGAUGAAGGAAGGAGAGAAUUUGCAAGCUGUAUGGAGUCCUGAUACCAAAUUAAUUGCCGUUCUUACAUCUUCUUUCGUUCUUCAACUUUUCAAGGUCCAGUUUACAGAUAAGAAAAUACAAGUUGGAGGGAAGCAACCCUCUGGAUUGUUUCUUGCUAAUAUAUCUCUACUUAUCAGUGAGCAGGUGCCAUUUGCACAAAAAGACUUGACUGUGAGCAACAUUGUCUGUGAUACCAAACAUAUGCUUCUUGGACUUUCUAAUGGGUCCUUGUAUAGCAUCUCUUGGAAGGGGGAGUUUUACGGGGCUUUUGAACUUGAUUCCUUUCCACGUGAUGUCAAUGGGGUUGAUCUAUCAUCACUUUCUUUGGAUAAUGGUAUUACUGGAGGGCAUUCAGAAUCAUUGAUUACCAAGCAUAAUGUUCCCAGAAACUCUACCAUUGUCCAGCUGGAGCUAUGCUUGCCAAUGAGAUUACUAUUUGUCUUAUUCUCCAAUGGGCAACUAUUGUCAUGUUCAGUAAGCAAGAAAGGUUUAAAGCAAGUAGAAGAUAUAAAAGCUGAAAGAAAGCUUGGUUCUGGUGAUGCUUUAUGUGCUUCAGUUGCUUCGGAGCAACAGAUCCUUGCUGUUGGUACCAAGAGAGGGCUUGUUGAGUUAUAUGAUUUGGGAGAAUCUACAUCACUUAUCCGUACUGUGUCUUUGUAUGACUGGGGAUAUUCUAUGGAUGACACUGGGCCUGUUAGCUGCAUUGCAUGGACCCCAGAUAACUCUGCUUUUGCAGUGGGUUGGAAGUUGAGAGGACUUACAGUUUGGUCUGUUUCUGGUUGUCGUUUGAUGUCAACAGUCCGUCAAGUUGGUUUAAGUUCGGUAUCCUCUCCAGUGGUUAAGCCUAACCGGGAGUGUAAAUAUGAACCUUUAAUGAGUGGCACAUCAAUGAUGCAGUGGGAUGAACAUGGAUAUAGGCUUUAUACCCUCGAGGAACAGUCUACGGAGAGAAUUGUUGCAUUUUCUUUCGGUAAAUGUUGCCUCAAUAGAGGAGUUUCUGGCUCAACAUAUGUUCGUCAAGUGAUUUAUGGUGAUGAUCGAUUGCUUGUUGUCCAGUCUGAAGAUACUGAUGAACUUAAAAUGCUACAUCUUAACCUUCCAGUAUCAUACAUUUCCCAAAAUUGGCCAGUUCAACAUGUGGCAGCUAGCCAAGAUGGAAUGUAUUUAGCUGUUGCUGGUUUGCAUGGGUUAAUCAUAUAUGAUAUUCGUUUAAGGAAGUGGCGAGUAUUUGGCGAUGUUACGCAGGAACAGAGGAUUCAGUGUCAAGGUUUGUUAUGGAUGGGGAAGAUUGUUGUUGUCUGCAACUACAUUGACUCCUCUAACACGUAUGAAUUGCUUUUUUACCCUAGAUAUCAUCUUGAUCAGAGCUCCUUGCUUUGUCGAAAAUCAUUGCUUGCCAAACCAAUGGUAAUGGAUGUCUAUCAAGAUUAUAUACUGGUCACUUAUCACCCAUUUGAUGUCCAUAUAUUCCAUGUAAAAUUAGUUGGUGAAUUGACACCAUCUACCACUCCAGAUUUACAGCUUUCUACAGUACGAGAACUUUCGAUAAUGACUGCAAAGAGCCAUCCAGCGUCAAUGCGCUUCAUCCCUGAUCAGCUUCCAAGAGAGUGUAUUUCAAAUAAUCACGCUGGCUCUAAUUCUGAUUGCCUGGCAAGAGAGCCUGCUAGGUGUUUGAUAAUGAGAGUAAAUGGGGAGCUUUCUCUUUUAGAUUUGGAUGAUGGACGUGAAAGGGAACUAACUGAUUCUGUUGAAUUAUUUUGGGUUACUUGUGGUCAAUCAGAAGAGAAAACAAAUUUAAUUGAGGAAGUAUCUUGGUUUGAUUAUGGACAUAGAGGGAUGCAGGUUUGGUAUCCUUCUUUGGGUGCCGAUCCUUUUAAGCAGGAGGAUUUCUUACAGUUGGAUCCGGAGCUGGAAUUCGAUCGUGAGGUAUAUCCUUUAGGGCUUCUUCCAAAUGCUGGUGUUGUUGUUGGUGUUUCCCAGAGAAUGUCAUUUUCAGCAUGUACAGAAUUUCCAUGUUUUGAGCCAACUCCUCAAGCUCAGACCAUAUUGCAUUGCCUUUUAAGGCAUCUUCUUCAGAGGGACAAACGUGAAGAAGCCCUGAGGUUGGCUCAAUUAUCAGCAGAAAAGCCUCAUUUUUCUCACUGUUUGGAGUGGCUUCUCUUUACGGUGUUUGAUGCUGAAAUAUCCAGGCAAAGUGUGAACAAGAAUCAGAAAGCUGUUCCUAAUUCCAAAACUUUCUCUCUUCUAGAUAAGACUUGUGAAUUAAUCAGAAAUUUUCCGGAGUAUCUUGAUGUAGUAGUGAGUGUUGCCCGAAAAACCGAUGGCAGACAUUGGGCAGAUUUGUUCUCAGCUGCCGGAAGAUCAACUGAGUUAUUUGAGGAAUGUUUCCAACGUAGAUGGUACCGGACUGGAGCAUGCUACAUACUCGUUAUUGCUAAACUUGAAGGUCCUGCAGUCAGCCAGUACUGUGCCUUACGCUUAUUGCAGGCAACACUCGAUGAAUCUCUAUAUGAACUUGCAGGAGAGCUGGUAAGGUUCUUGCUGAGAUCAGGAAGGGAGUUGGAACCUGCGUCAACAGACUCCGACAAUCUAUCUCCAAGGUUCUUGGGUUAUUUCUUAUUCCGUUCUAGUUACAGGAAGCAGUCCUUGGAUAAAAGCACUUCAUUCAAAGAACAGAGUGCUCAUGUCACUUCUGUUAAGAACAUCUUAGAAAACCAUGCUAGCUAUUUGAUGUCUGGAAAAGAACUUUCUAAACUAGUUGCUUUUGUGAAGGGCACUCAGUUUGAUUUAGUGGAAUAUCUUCAACGGGAGAGACAUGGUUCUGCUAGGUUGGAGAAUUUUGCUGCAGGGCUUGAAUUAAUUGGCCAAAAGCUCCAAAUGGGAACAUUGCAAAGUCGGUUGGAUGCAGAAUUUCUUUUGGCACAUAUGUGUUCUGUCAAGUUCAAGGAGUGGAUAGUCGUGCUUGCUACUCUUUUAAGGCGGUCUGAGGUCCUAUUUGAUCUUUUCCGGCAUGAUAUGCGAUUAUGGAAAGCAUACAGCAUCACCUUGCAGUCACAUGUAACAUUCGUUGAGUAUCAUGAUCUGCUCGAGAACUUGGCGGAGAAACUGUCAUCAAUUGUGAAUGAGGAGGAAUACGAGAACUCUUUUUCUGAGUAAUAAUAAAUGACAACAGCCUACCGAGGGCAGCUGCGUCAAGUGAGAAAGUACAGAAAAAAUGGGGCUACUUCAAGUUUAUACAUCCUUUUAUAGAAGUAGAUUAUUUACUAUUUUCCUUGGGGCUUUACAUUGUUCUUGUUGAUAUGAGUUAGGGGGAAAUAUGUACUGGUCCAAUGCUUUACAUUGGAUAUGAUUUUUCAUUUCUUCAUAGUAUGUAAUGUAUAAAUUUUUGGGGAGGAAGAAAGGGAAAGAAGAGAGAGGUUGGGAAGUAACAGGUAAGUUUGGUUUGAAAAUUACGAGUUCAGUUAUUUUAUUUUUAUGUUUUGUGUCUAAUAAAAUAUCACCUUCCUUUCA